AUGCAGUCAAAUCCAAUUGCAAUCCAAAACUAUACCUCCCAGCUUGAAACGCCCAGCAAACCAUCAACCGCAAACAGUUUUCACAGCAACAGUGGCAGCUUCCUAGGCGCUGCAGAAAAGGGAAUGUUUGCCUUUGAUGAUCUACCGGGAACUCCAGAGCUGAUCCAACGCAAACCACGACAUCUUAUCCACGAGAUUGAAGUUGUUUCUUCACCGUCUACUGAUUCUUCAAUGGCCAGCUCGUUGAAUAGUAAUGGUGGUGUUCCAGCGUAUAUACCAAACUCCGUCGAUGAGAGAGACUUUAAUAUCCACCAGGUUACUAAUAAUGGGAGGGACAGAGAGUUUUUUAAGAGGAUGCAGAGUGCUGGGUAUAAGAUAAGAAGGGUUAGAGAGGAUGGGGCGUGUUUGUUUAGAGCUGUUUCGGAUCAACUAUUCGCGACUGAAGAAAGGCACUUGGAAGUCAGGAAGGCUUGUAUGGACUACCUGGAGGCACACGAAGAUACAUACUGUGCUUUCCUUACGGACUCUGAGAGUUACGCCGACUACAUACGACGUAAACGAGGACCAAACUGUUUUGUUCCAUAUUCAAUCAGCCCGUUUGUUGCUAUACCUGCCGACGCAACGAGAAUACGACUUUCAUACCAUAGAGGAAUCCACUAUAAUAGCGUAGUGGAGAACGAUGGAACUGCUUCAAUACCGUCACUGAAUCCUGGAUCACUACUUACUAGUAAUAUGAAUGACGACGAGUUUAUGAGAAUGCAGCAGGCAAUGCUUGAAUCCAUCACCAAGGAGACAGCAGAGAAAUCAAACACGGACAAUACGACUGAGGAGCAUUUUAUGUUAUUAUAG